AAUUUCCACAGCUCAUUUCAGAUUUCCCUCCCUUCCUCUCUCCCUCUCUCUCUCUCUCUCCUUUCCCCUCCUCCUCUUCUGUCUCCUCACAGUUCUGCAUUCUUUCCCUCCUCCCCUGUUCUCUUCUUAUCUUCCAAUCCCAUGUGCUUCUUCUCCUGAUCCCAACCCUUACCGCUUCAAACUUCCAUUCCAACUGUAUCCAUCCUUUAUUCUUUCACUUCCACAUCAAUCUCCUUCUUCUUCUUCUUCCUUCUGCUACUUCUUCUGAAUCCUUGGGUUCCGCACCACUAAAGUUCUCUUCUAUCCUCACCUCCUUGUCGCCUCUCUUCUGCCCCACUCCCUUUCACACCGGAAGAAAAAGGAAAAAGAGAAACAAAGUUGGAAUCUUUUGAUCGUAGAGGAAACCGUUUUCCCGUUCCACUCUUCCUCAAUAAUACCCACUACCCAGAUCCUGAUCUUCAAUCUUCAUCCCCUGGAAGCCCUAAAGCUGCUCCCUUUUCCCAAAAUGAAGCACACCCAUUUGAUGAAAUUACUCUUAGCAUCAUCCUCAGCGGCUGUCCUGCUCGUUCUCGCACUAACCCUCCUGUUUUGCUUGAGGAGAAGGGGAGGGAAACCCCAAUGCGACGACGUCGAGGUGGUACAGCAGGAGAAGAAACAGAGCGGCGAGACGGCGGCGGCGGCGGCGACAGAGGAUUUGGUGAGGUUUCAAGGUGGGCAGGAGCUCACUGUCACCGACAUUCUCGAUGCUCCUGGAGAGGUCAUCGGGAAAUCCAAUUACGGUACCCUUUACAAGGCUUUGUUGCAGAGGAGCAACUGCGUCAGGCUGCUUAGGUUCUUGAGGCCCGUUUGUACUGCGAGGGUUAAGGAAUUUGGUGAUGUGGUUCAGUUGCUGGGUUGCAUUAGGCACCCUAAUUUGGUCCCUCUUUUGGGGUUCUAUGCUGGCCCUAGAGGCGAGAAGCUCCUUGUUCAUCCCUUCUUCCGGCGUGGCAAUUUGGCUCGUUUCAUCCGAGAUGGGAAUGCUGAGUGUCACAAAUGGACAACCAUCCACAGGCUAUCCAUUGGCAUAGCCAGAGGCCUUGACCACCUCCACACAGGACUCCAGAAGCCUGUGAUUCACGGCAAUCUCAAGUCGAAGAACGUAGUCCUCGAUCGCAGUGGAUCGCCUUGUGUAUCAGAUUUCGGCCUGCAUCUCCUCCUGAAUCCUACAGCGGCCCAGGAAAUGCUCGAGACAUCUGCAGCCGAGGGAUACAAAGCUCCCGAGCUGAUCAAAAUGAAAGAUGCAAGCGAAGAAACUGAUAUCUACAGCCUGGGAAUAGUACUGCUCGAGUUGCUCUCGGGUAGAGAGCCAGUGAAUCCGAAUCCAACUCCCGACGAAGAUUUUUACCUCCCGACGUCGAUGAGAAACGCGGUGCUUGAUCGUAGGAUCGCAGACAUUUACCAUCCGGACGUACUUGUAGACAGUGGGAGCGAGAGUGAGAAUUCUGUCAGGGAAGAGUGCAUAUUCAAGUUCUUUCAGCUUGCAAUGUCUUGCUGUUCCCCUUCGCCUUCUCUUAGACCAAACAUCAAACAGGUGGUGUGCAAGCUCGAAGAGAUGGGAAGAUAGCAACCUCUAGACUCUAGAGCAGCAGAAGUCACUUGGUUUUUUUGUGGGUAGGCACGAAUGAGGAAAAAGUUUAUUUCUUUGGUGGCAGAAACCAAACUCAGAGCGGCAUUCAGCAUGCACGCAACAUCCAUGGAUGAUGACAUAAUGGGAUUGUAGCUAGAGUCAUCUACAGACGUCUCCGGGGCCAUGUUCCACAAGAAGCCAGAAAUUGGUGAUCGGUUUUUUGUCGGGUCUUCUGGGAAUUGCGCUUUACGUGCCCAAAAGCAUCACCAGCACAUACAAAAAAGAAAGAUUGGUGCUUUAUCUGGUUGCAGAAGAAGGCAUGCACGUUCAUGAGAAAGAGCCAAUCGCCAAACAGGAAAAAGUGUCACUCUUCUGUCGUCUAACUGAAGCUAACAAAAGCCUUCAUGGGUUGAAGGAUCGACUCAGCUAUAGCAAUUUCGGUUGGCGGGGUUUCCUUUGAGAAAACUUCCAAACGAAUGAGUCCAAGCGACUGAGAACUUUAACCAGAAGUGCAUGGGAGAACCCAGUAUUGAAUGGCCUCUGGAGCUGUGGAGAUCUUGAAUUCAAUGCCUACCCUGCCUUUCCAAACCAGUGAUUUGUCUCCAUCAGGAAACUGCAACAACUACUUCAAUACUGCCCACUUCCCAGAUGCUUCAAAUCACUGGAUUUGUCAAAAUGCAGGGAUUUGUCAAAUGCUGUAAUCUAAUAAGUUUCCAAUAUUUCUAUUCAGAUCAAAUCACAGAAAUGUCAAAUGCUGGAUCCCUGAAGGAAUGCUGUAAUCUAAGUUUGUCAAAUGAUCCAGGGAGCUUGCAUUACUACUUGUAUGAUGUGUUAGGGUUGCUACUUUCUACAAACCAAUUGAAACUAGUUAUAUAAUGUAAUUAUAAAUUAUAAUCUACAAACUCAUUUAAGUUUCCC